AUGGCUGCUCUCGCGGACCACGCAUCACAGCCCCAGUCGCAACCGCAAAGAAACGCAAAAUCAAAAACGGCCAUCGUCAACGGAGAAACGGGCGGAGACAUGGGCCACACUGCAUGCAACGACCACGGCAACUCCGAGUCACCGUCUUCAAACACAACCCCACCUCUCCCAAUCCCCACUAUACCGGCACCUGUGGCAAACAAGAAAGGGGGAGGGGUAGGGGUAGGGCCAAAGCCGAAGAAAACGCUGGACCCCUCGGAGGUCAACAGUCUGUUGGCUGCAAAGAUAUCGCAAUUGGAGUCCGAUGCUUCGAUGGAGGAAGAGGAAGAGAAGGCGAUAUCUCGUGCUGUGCGCAAGGCAAAUAAGGAGCUGGCAGAACUCGUCUCUGGUCGUGAUGAUCAUCUGGCUAAAGUUGACGCAAUACAGACAAAAUACAGCGAGCUUUUGCACGAGAUGAAGCGGCUUGAAAGAGACCAUGCUAAGGCUCGUAAACGUGCAGACCAAUUACAGAAAGAAAGGGAUCAAUCUAGGUCAGAAAUGCAGAAAGCUGUUACCGUGAAACACAAGCUUGAGAGUCUUUGCCGGGAACUUCAGAAAGAGAAUAAGAGGAUCAAGGACGACAAUAAAAAGCACGCCGAGAAGGAGCAGCAAAAGCGUGAGGAACUGUCGAACAAAUUUGAGAGUACUCUUAUGGACAUCAAGAGCCGUAUGGAAGAAGAAAAUGAUGGUGGCAGCCGCAAGGUCAAUAUGGAAGCCGAUGAACUAUUUAAAGCCAAGUUUAAAAGUCUCGUGGAUCAAUACGAGCUCCGAGAGCUCCACUUCACCUCUCUCCUUAAAACGAAAGAACUUGAGGUCCAAUGGAACCUUUCACGUUACGAGCAACAGAAAAAACUAGCGGAACAGGAAUCGCUUCGCGCAAAAGCUCUGCACCAACAAGUCUCCACAUUCUCGCAGACUGAAGCAGAGUUACGCUCUCAACUCAAUAUCUACGUAGAGAAGUUUAAGCAGGUCGAAGACACGCUCAAUAACUCCAACGAUCUCUUUCUCACGUUCCGUAAAGAAAUGGAGGAAAUGUCAAAGAAAACCAAACGCCUGGAAAAAGAGAACCUCACACUCUCCCGAAAAUCUGAAACCACCAACCGUAACCUCUUAGAAAUGGCAGAAGAACGCACCCGCCACCAAAAGGAAUUGGAGACCCUUAAAAAGAAGAAUAUCAAGCUUGAGAAUCUUUGCCGUGCGCUGCAAGCUGAACGCACCACUCUCGAAAACAGGCUGCGGCAUGGGGAUGAUGGAGAUGAUCUAUUAGAGGAUUCGGACGGCGACAGUGACGAGUAUGAAGACUCGGCAGAUGGCUAUGAUGAAGAAGGCUCGGAGGAAGGCUCCGAAGAAGAUGUAGGGGAUGAUACGGAUCUAGAGGAGGAAAUUCCACAGCAAGAGGUUACGCAUGUGGAAUUGAGGACUGGUACGGUCGGAUCGGUUGGGACGGUCGGCACGCCAGGUAAGGGGAAACCCAAUGGUACAUCACAGAACGGUGUCCAUGCUUGA